AUGCACAACAGAUUACUCCUGACAACGAGUGCAGCCAUUGAAAUGCUGUCUUCUUCUUCACUCCAUCAGCUUCACUGCACUUCAAUUCACCGUCUCUAUUCGUCUCCUUCUUCAGAUUCUCCCUCAAUUCAAUCAUUCUCAUUUUUUAGUUUCACUGACAAAGGAGUCGAAUACGGUUCCAGAACGACGCCGUUUCGUGCAAUUUCAUCUAGAACGAUGUCGUCUGUGGCGUCGUCUGAGCUCAAGGCGGAGGAAGCUAGGGUCCCUCCUGCUAUUCCCCCGCCUAAUCCUCCGAUCACCAAGUUCAAGAUUGCACUUUGCCAGUUAAUGGUGACGGCUGACAAGGAAAACAAUAUUGCUCAUGCUCGUGAAGUAAUUAAGGAUGCUGCAGAGAAGGGUGCUCAACUGAUUCUUCUUCCCGAAAUAUGGAAUAGUCCAUAUUCAAAUGAUUGUUUUCCAGUAUAUGCAGAGGAUAUUGACGCGGGUGGUGAUGCAUCUCCUUCAACUGCUAUGUUAUCUGAACUUUCUCGUAGUCUGAAGAUCACAAUAAUUGGUGGAUCCAUCCCUGAACGAAGUGGUGAUAAGGUGUAUAAUACUUGUUGUAUAUUUGGCACAGAUGGAAAGCUUAAGGCCAAGCACAGGAAGAUUCAUCUCUUCGAUAUUGAUAUACCUGGAAAAAUGACCUUUAAAGAAUCAAAAACUCUUACAGCAGGGGAGACCCCAACCAUUGUGGACACAGAUGUUGGUCGAAUUGGUAUAGGUAUAUGUUAUGAUAUCCGAUUCCAGGAGCUAGCAGCUAUAUAUGCAGCCCGAGGCGCUCACUUGAUUUGUUAUCCUGGGGCUUUUAACAUGACUACUGGUCCCCUCCACUGGGAGUUGUUACAACGGGCGAGGGCAGCUGAUGGUCAGCUGUAUGUAGCUACUUGUUCACCAGCUAGAGACACUGGUUCAAGUUAUGUGGCUUGGGGGCACUCCACUCUUGUUGGGCCGUAUGGUGAAGUUCUUGCAACCACCGAACACGAUGAGACGACAGUUAUAGCAGAGAUUGAUUAUUCCCUUAUCGAGCAAAGAAGAACAUACCUUCCAUUUCAGAGCCAACGUCGAGGGGAUCUUUACCAGCUCGUUGAUGUUCAGAGGCUGCAUCAAAGUUCGACCAGUUGA